AUGGGCUGUGCUCCAUCUUUCUGGAAAUGUCCGUUCAUCUUCAGAAAGUCUCCUACCUCCUCUCGAGUGAGGGCUCCCAGAGGUUGCAGUGCUUUUGUCCACAAAGGCUGUAGAGAAAGUCUGGCCUCCUGUGCAAAGGUCAAAAUGAAGCAGCCCAAAGGGAGCCUUCAAGCACAUGACACAUCUUCGCUGCCCACGGUCAUUAUGAGAAACAAGUCCUCCCAGCCCAAGGAGCGCCCUCGGUCCGCAGUCCUCCUGGCCGAUGAAACCACUGCCGCCCCCAUGUUUGCUAACAGACGGUCCCAGCAGAGUGUGUCGCUCUCCAAAAGUGUCUCCAUUCAGAACAUUGCUGGAGUUGGCAAUGAUGAGAACAUAUCAAACACCUGGAAAUUCCUGUCUCAUUCAACAGACUCACGAAAUAAAAUCAGCAAGGUCAAUAAGUCAACAGAGUCCCUUACUGAUGAGGGAGUAGGCACAGACAUGAAUGAAGGGCAGCUAAUGGGAGACUUUGAGAUUGAGUCCAAACAGCUGGAAGCAGAGUCCUGGAGUCAGAUAGUGGACAGCAAGUUUCUGAAACAGCAAAAGAAAGAUGUGGUCAUACGGCAAGAAGUGAUUUAUGAGCUGAUGCAGACGGAGUUCCACCACCUCCGCAUACUCAAGAUCAUGAGCGACGUGUACAGCCGUGGCAUGAGGGCCGACCUGCUCUUUGAGCAGCAGAUGGUGGAGAAGCUCUUCCCCUGUUUGGAUGAGCUGAUCAGUAUCCACAGCCAGUUCUUUCAGAGGAUCCUGGAGCGGAGGAAGGACUCUCUGGUGGAUGAAAGUGAAAAGGACUUUCUCAUCAAGAGGAUUGGGGAUGUGCUUGUGCACCAGUUUUCAGGAGAGAACGCAGAACGCUUAAAGAAGACAUACGGCAAGUUUUGUGGGCAGCACAACCAGUCUGUAAACUACUUCAAAGACCUCUAUGCCAAGGAUAAGCGUUUUCAGGCCUUUGUGAAGAAGAAGAUGAGCAGUUCAGUCGUACGGAGGCUUGGAAUCCCAGAGUGUAUAUUGCUUGUAACCCAACGGAUCACCAAAUACCCGGUUUUGUUCCAAAGAAUAUUGCAGUGUACCAAAGACAGUGAAGUGGAACAGGAAGAUCUAGUUCAGUCCCUGGGCCUGGUGAAGGAUGUGAUUGGAGCUGUGGACAGCAAAGUGGCGAGUUAUGAAAAGAAGGUCCGUCUCAAUGAAAUUUAUACAAAGACAGAUAGCAAGUCGAUCAUGAGAAUGAAGAGUGGUCAGAUGUUUGCCAAGGAGGAUCUGAAGUGGAAGAAGCUCGUGCGGGAUGGGAGCGUGUUUCUGAAGAGCACAACAGGGAGGCGGAAAGAGGUUCAAGCGGUCCUGCUUACUGACGUUUUAGUUUUCCUUCAAGAAAAAUACCAGAAAUACGUCUUUGCGUCAUUGGACCAGAAGUCAACGGUGAUCUCCCUAAAGAAGCUGAUUGUAAGAGAGGUAGCACACGAGGAGAAAGGUUUAUUCCUAAUCAGUAUGGGGAUGAAAGAUCCAGAGAUGGUGGAAGUCCACGCCAGCUCCAAAGAGGAGCGGAACAGCUGGAUUCAGAUCAUCCAGGAUACGAUCAGCACCCUGAACAGAGAUGAAGAUGAAGGAAUUCCCAGUGAGAAUGAGGAAGAAAAGAAGAUGUUGGACACGAAAGCUCGGGAGUUAAAAGGUAAAGCUGGUGGAAGCGGUCUGAGGCUCUGUCUGGGGGCAUCUGCAGUCCCAUGGAGUCCCCGCUGCUCCUCCAUCCCAGAGCCGUCCCGGCAGGUAUCCCUGGACUCGCUGGAGCUGGACUCCGGCAAGUGGCGCCCGAACAGGGACCUGAAGGAGGAAGGUACAGUUAAUUUGGAUACAUGGGCUAAGGUAGGGGAUCAAUUAAAAACAUAUUAUUCACUUCAUGGUCCUGAAAAAGUUCCUGUAGAUACUUUUGCUCUGUGGAAUCUCAUUAGAGAUACCUUAGAUCCAGUACAAGAAAGACAGAGAAUACCUUAUAUGGGAACUCCAGAUGAAAGUACUCCCUUAAUACCUCCAAAGCCACCUCCUAAGAAAGUAUUGGCAGCUACAUUUGAAAAAUGUGAAAUAGAUGAUGAUGAUGAUGAGUUGUCCCCUCAGGAUCAACAAGACCUGGAGGAGGCUGCUGCUGCUUAUCAUAGAGAGCCAGAUCCUUGGGAUUUUCCUGUUAUUAAUUCUGAGAGAAAAACACCGUUGCCAAAAGUUAGUUAUCCUGCAUUACCAGAUUAUAAACAAGAGAUGCCUUUGAGACCACCUCCACCUCCUGCAACUAACAAAAUGAUUAAAAAUACAUUUAAUAUUAAGCCAAAGAUGCAUUCCAGAAGAAUGCAGGUCUUUGAUGAUCCAGAAUUUGCUGCUUGUUUCUCUGUAGGUUUUGAAGGAGCCUUUGAUGAUGGGGUGACAUGGGAACCUCUGCCUUAUAAGAUUCUCAAAGAAUUAAAGGCUGCAUAUGCUGAUUAUGGACCAUUAGCUCCCUAUACACUCACUUUUUGCUAG